GUUUGGUGAAGUAGUUCUACGCCACAUACCUACAACUUUCAUAAUUUUAGUUGUAAAAUACAAGUAAUAUUUUCUAGUAUAAUAUGUGUAAAAUACAAAGGUCUUAAGGGAUUUAUAUUUAUUGUAAAAAAGACGAGCUGUCACAGGUACAGAUACUCCUAUGUCAUUAUUAGACUGUUUUUGAACUGAUACUGAUACACCACAAUACCUUAUACAGCUAGGUAUUAAAUAUAAAUUAAUUGUUAGUGUUUUAAUUUAGACUGUUGUUUAUUUACACGAAUCCCAAGAAUAAUAUUAAUUGACGUCAGAAGUUAACAAAUCUGCACUAAAACUUUUUUUUAGUAAGUAUGAUUGAACUCACAGUUAAAACAUUGGAUGCUCAAAAUCAUCAUUUUUCUGUAGAAGAUGAUAUAACGGUGGAACAGUUUAAAACCAAAAUUGCAGAAACGGUAAACAUUCCUCCAGAAACGCAACGAAUCAUUUACUGUGGAAGAGUUUUACAAGAUAGUUCAAAACUUGCCGAUUAUGAUGUCAAUGGGAAAGUUGUCCAUUUGGUACAGAGAGCGCCACCAGGCGCUGCUCCGAGACCAAACAGUAGAUCUUCUUCACCACAACCUCAACGUAGAGGGUUUAGAGGUUUUAGAGGUCUGGAACAAGGGAAUGCGAUGUAUUUGGGCUCUAUGGCAUUUCCCGGCAAUUUAAUGGAAUCGCAGGGCAUUGUUCCUCCUCCUCCAACACACAGCCUUUCUGGAAGUCGUUUGAAUGUGGCAAAGAGAAUGUUGAGAAGAGCUGAAGCGGUCAUUCAGCUUUUGGAAAACCCUUCAACGAGACCUCAGGAGCAAAGUCCCCCUGAAGAAAAUCAAGAAGAGGAAGUGACCCCUGUAAUAGAAGCAAGAGUAAUCGUUCCCACCAACAACAGUGAAUCGAUCGAUGAAGCAAUGGUUCUUAAUGCAGUUCAGAAUUCCUUGAUGAAUGCAGCAACUGGAGCUGUACCACUUAACGGAUCAACUUCAGGUGCUAGUGGAAGUGGUACCCAGAGUAACACAGAAAGUGCACAGAGGUCUCCAAAUCAGUCAGAAUCUUCUACACCCGGAGGAGCUACUCCGAGAUCAUCGUCUACCGAAAAUUUAGCUUCAGAAUCAAGGUCAGAAAGUAAUAGUGGUCUACCAGAAAAUGCUUCGAGGACAUCAGAAAUGUCCGAACUUUUGACCAUGCUGACACAGUUGCAGACGAGAUUUGCACCGUUUUUAGAACGGUAUCAGAAUUUUAUGCAGGAGGACCCAGAGGUUUCUUCCGAGAACGAAAGGCAGACUCAGAUCAUGUUGAACCGCGUGUCUGAAGUGUUGCAUUUCCUGGGUCACGCCUACCACUCCCUGAGCGACAUAAUAAUCCGUGUCCGGACGCCACCACCUAGACCGCUCCUGUGUCGUCCAAUUCUCAUUCAACACUCAGCAGUGGUACAAACUGGUAUUCCAAUCCAAGUCGAGGCACAAAUUAAUGUAUCGGCUGAUCGAGCUCCUCCGCCUAACACUAAUGCCCCUCAGGCUGCCAAUUCAAAUUCCGAGACCACUGCUACCACCACAGCUCCACCAAACGUUAGUAGUACUGUAAAUGCUCCCAAUGGAGGACCCACUAUUUCCGUUCAGCCUGGAUUUGUCGGUUUGCCCUUCUUACCGGGUACCGCCAUGAGGGUACAGUCGUUCCCUCUUGAAAUUCGCACUGUGAGGCCCGCCGCUGCCGCCGCCCCUCAGCCACAGAACAAUAAUAAUAACACCGUUAACGUAUCCGAGGGCAUUCCUGUUACCGCAGGGGCAGCUCCGACUACCGCCAGCACUACCACUUCCACUGCGCAGGCGGCCAACGGUAGCCAAGAAAGUGGCGGUCAGGGAGGUUCGUUCAAUUUCAACCCAAACGUCGAGUUCUUCAUGGAAGUGACACCAGAAGGUAUUACAAUAGAUUCUUUGGAGACUGCGCUUGUUGGUUCUAAUCAAGCAAAUGAUUUAUUACGAGGAGCUUUGAACGGACCACCCCCAGAGUUUUUACAAUCUCUUAUGCAAAUGGCAGGUCACAUUAUAAAUAGAAACGCGGCAGACGCAACCAAUAUGAGAGCACCGUCAACUGAUGCCGCACAAUCCACACAGCAACCAAAUACUACGCAAGCCCCUCCUACUGUGGCCGGGCAGAAUUCUCAGGCACGCGGAAACACCCAGACUAAUCCCACUACCGCAACACAUACCCGUUCUACGCCCCGUCCACAUGUGCAUUUAGCUCAGCAAGCUAUGCAGGGCGGAUUCGAUCCUUUCCUUCCUUGCAACUCUCAUCAUAUUUCAAGGCGUCGAUUGUAUCAAGCGAAUGUGAUGCCUGCAUCAGCUCCAGCGGCUAACCAACAGAAUUCGACGCAGAACAAUGCCACCAGGCAGGAAACGCCGCCUGGCGGGCAAACUGCUCCUGGUCAAAAUCAGAAUAUACUAAACUUUAUUAACGGGAUAUUUGAUUCGAUUAGAACCGAAUACAGGAGAGCUAAUGAGUCUUCUGCUCAGAGUUCCAAUGCCUCAAAUACUUCUGAACCUAAUGCGGGAAGAGAAAAUGCCGGUCCUGCCGGUAAUGCUGCUCCGAACUUGCCACCAUUCGCCUCUUUAUUUUCUGGCUUGCAUGGCAUGAACCUGCCAGAUCUAAUACGACAAGGUCCAACCUUAGAUCAGCUCCUACAGCAAUUUCAUCAAGAUGAGCAAUAUGUAGAAGGUGAAGGUAUUAUUACCGACUUAAUAAUGCUUUUCGUUAGAAAUCUAACUCUUGUCGAUUUGUUCACUCUAAACAGCGGUAAUUUUGAACCUAUCAACAGGAAUCGAACUGAAAUUCAAAAUUUCUUCAGAACGAGGGUGUGUGACGGGGACACGUCCCCUGCUGGUGUUGAUAGGGGAGUUGAUAGGAUCAUAGCAGAAAUGCAACCAUUCCUGGAAAACUUCAGAGCCUUGCCUGUGCAAGACGAUAUAGAUAUGGUGAGGUCUGCAGAACAGUUAUUCCGACACCGGUUACCAAACAUUAUCAGCAUUGCUAUAAACCUUAGCCCGAACAGUGUCCGGCUCCUUUCAGAUCAGUGUAUUACGACCGCCCACCAACUGUGCUCUCUGACGCUCAGAGCAAGUUCCAAUGGACAAGAGGGCGUGGAGCAAGUCUUCGAACAAGUUAUGAAUCGUUUUAUGGCGGACGUUCCCCAGGAGAUACAAAACUGGACUCUUGUGACAAGUCGCGUUCAUUUGCGUCAGGUUAUGUCAAAUUUGAGUGUACCGGAAAGUGUACUGCAACCGUACAUCGUAAGGAGAUCAGAAAAUUCGCUGCCGUCAGUUGUAAAUAGAAAUGAUGUGGGUGAUGCCAGUGUGCAUAAUGUUAGCACCACUUCACAAGUUGAGGCAAUGGAUUUAGACGAGACUGUACCUACAGAAAAUGAAUUAGGAACAACAAUAGUUCUAGAAGACACUGAACCUUUGCCAAAUAUAGUUAUUGGAUCAGAGUCUUGGCAUGGACAAGUACCCGAGGACUGGGUACCAAUUAUAGCUAGAGAUGCUCAAAAGCAGAGAAGGCAGAAUCCACAAGGCCCUUUUAGUGACGCUUAUUUAUCCGGAAUGCCAAGUAAAAGGCGAAAAAUUGUGACGAGUUCAAAACCGCAAGGCAGCCUUCCUCAAGUUAUUACAGAGAGCGUAAGGCAAGCAGUAACGGCCACAGGCUUGUCUACGGUAGCCCCAUUAGAGUCAGUGGCCCAAGCAGCAGGCGCGUCUCUAGAAAUUCAAACAGCUUAUAGGAGCUUGUUACGCACUAAUGUGCAGGCAAAUUUAAGGGAUAAUGAAGAUUUUACACCCGAACGAUUUCCCAAUGCCGCAAAUUAUUUUAAUAAUACCUCAUAAUAAAAGAAUUAGAAUACAAUAUAUAUGUUUUGGGUCCUGUACAUCGUACGUUCGGUGAACGUGACCUGUCCGCGGUGAGAGUUUAAAUACGGAUUUCGACGUUCGGUAAACUUUUAUUUUGCCUGCACGACAUUCACCGAAUAGCGUUCGCAGAGGCUCGAUUCUUGUAAUCUGAUAUUAAGAGCAUUGGUUGUAUAAUUUGAUUAAUCUGUUUAUAUAAAAUUUUUAAUUUAUCAUAAUUUGCAGGUAUGUAUGUAAAACUGAAUAAGUUAACCAAUGGACGAUUGAAUAGUAAAAUAAAUUAUGAUAUGUAAA